UCCAUCGGCUACGGUUACUAACAUUUAGUUGUGAAAUUCACAAGUUUUAGUCUCAUCUCAUCAAUUGCUCAAUGUUUCCCUCCCUAUGCACUCAAAGCAGUCCACUCCCUUAGCAACACCCUCGUCAACUGCCCCACAAAAUUCAAUAGCCAAUAUAAUCAAAAAAUGCGUCACUCUCCUGCAAAUCUGCGUCUCCUCCAAACUCCAACUGAAGCAAGUCCAUGCUUUCUCCAUCAAGCAUGGCGUCCCUCUAUCCAACCCAGACUUCGGUAAACAUCUUAUAUACGGUAUCGUUACACUCUCAGCUUCAAUGUCGUACGCUCAUAAAAUCUUUUCUUUCAUUCAAGACCCAAAUAUUUUCACCUGGAAUACAAUGAUCAGAGGAUACGCCGAGAGUGAAAACCCGAGCCCAGCUUCUGAAUUGUAUAACAAAAUGCAUUAUUCUUCCAUUAAACCUGACACGCAUACUUACCCUUUCCUUUUGAAAGCUAUAGCUAAAUUGGCGGAUGUUAGAUUAGGUGAAAUGAUACAUUCGGUUGCCGUAAGAAAUGGGUUUGAGUCCUUGCUCUUUGUCCAAAACGGUUUGGUUCAUAUGUAUGCUAGUUUUGGUCACGCUGAAGAUGCUUAUAAAGUGUUUGACUUAAUGUGUGAGAAGGAUCUUGUGGCUUGGAAUUCUGUGAUUAAUGGGUUUGCUUCUAAUGGGAGACCCAACGAGGCUUUAACCCUCUUAAGGGAAAUGUGUUUUGAGGGUGUUUCACCUGAUGGGUUCACCAUGGUUGGUCUUUUCUCUGCGUGUGCUGAGCUUGGUGCUUUAGCUUUGGGGAGGAGGGCUCAUGUUUAUAUGUCCAAGAUUGGGUUGAGUGAGAACAUUAAUGUUAAUAACGCUCUUUUGGAUUUUUAUGCCAAAUGCGGGAGCAUUAGAGAGGCGAAGAAAGUGUUUGAUGAUAUGGAAGAGAGGAAUAUGGUUUCUUGGAGUUCUUUGAUAGUGGGGUUGGCUGUUAAUGGGUUUGGUAAGGAAGCUCUUGAAUGUUUCAAGGAGAUGGAGAGAGAGGGAUUCAUGCCUGGUGAAGCCACUUUUGUAGGUGUUCUGUAUGCUUGUAGUCAUUGUGGGAUGGUAGAUGAGGGGUACAAUUAUUUUAGAAGGAUGACAAAUGAGUAUAAAAUUGUGCCCAAGAUAGAACACUUCGGUUGCAUGGUUGAUUUAUUGGGUCGGGCGGGCUUGGUGAAAGAAGCAUAUGAAUAUAUCCAAAACAUGCCAAUGCUACCAAGUGCUGUUAUUUGGAGAACAUUGUUAGGAGCAUGCACAACACAUGGCCAUUCGGGUUUAGCAGAUAUUGCAAGAACAAAACUCUUGCAAUUGGAGCCUAAACACAGUGGGGAUUUUGUGCUCCUGUCAAACUUGUAUGCAUCCAAGCAACGUUGGUUAGAUGUGCAAAGAGUUAGGAGGACAAUGGUUGGUGAAAGGGUGAAGAAGAUUCCGGGGCAUAGCUUUGUCGAGUUGGGAAAUCAUGUCCAUGAAUUUUACAUGGGUGAUAGAUCCCAUCCUCAAAAUGAGGAAAUAUAUGCAAUGCUGGUAGAGAUCACAAAGAAGUUGAAGCAGGAAGGUUAUGUGCCGCGUACAGAAAAUGUGCUUAUGGAUAUAGAAGAAGAAGAAAAGGAGAAUGCUUUGUCGUAUCAUAGCGAGAAGAUUGCUAUUGCUUUUAUGCUUAUUAACACACCACCAAGAACUCCAAUUAGGGUCAUCAAGAAUCUAAGAGUAUGUGCAGAUUGCCAUUUAGUAAUUAAACUUACAUCAAAAGUUUUUAAUAGGGAGAUUGUUGUGAGGGACCGUAGCCGGUUUCACCAUUUUAAAGAUGGUGACUGUUCUUGUAGGGAUUACUGGUAAAUUGUGGAAGAGUUGGCAAUUGACUUUGAUUGGUUCAUUUCAGAUUAUAGAGAAUUUUUUCACUUGGAAAAGAUGAGAUGAAAUGGUUGAAGCUUUGAAUCUUAUUGUAAAGUUUGUCCAUUUCUUGCCUAAUCUUUUUCCUUAUUGGUUUCUGUUGAAAUUCCUUCAAGUAGUUUAUGAAACUUGUAUUUAUAUAA